CCUUCGUCUUGGCUCCGGAUGUCCCUUUAAAAAUCCGAAUCCAAGGCCAAUGAUUUAUCAAACUCCUAUUAUCAAGAAAAUGUCACGCGAAGGGCACCUUGCCCUGCACUGACGCAAACUCCAGUCUUUCCCACGGAGCUAUAGAAAAGCUUUGCACUUGCUGCUUUUGCGCGGCUACGACCAGUCAGCUUCCAGUCAGUCGUCUCUUCGCCUUUACAGCUGUUUCCAGCCAACCAACAGAGCUCUGAGAAAAUGGAUUUCUCUGACCAGAGAGACAUGGCCAAACAACCGGCCAGCGCUCCCACCGGCUACAUUCCGGCGCAGCAGCCCGACGGAGCUGCGGGACUUACAGCAAACAAACCGGACAACACGGCUGCGGCUUGUCCGACGCCCGCCCCUCACCAUCACCCGGCGCCUCAGCCGCCAGCCCCUUGCAACGAGAGCAAAACUUUUUGUCCCACGGAAAAUAAACCCGGAGAACUGGACAGCAAUAAAGCGUAUGGGACGUUUAAAAACACUCCGCCGGCCGGAUCAGUGGCCGUCAACUCGGCCUUUAGGAAGGAUUCCGUCGGUUCAGCCCGCGGGGGGUCCGCCCAGUACGGCGACCCGCUCCGGGCCACCACAGAGCAGAACAACGCCACGGGCAACUGGACGACUAUGAGCCAGACCACCAUCAUACUGGGAACAGAUGGGAACACGUCUGUUCAGCCUGGGACCCUGGCGGGGGCUGUUGAUGAUGACGACGACGAGGGGGGAGAUGAGAAUAAGGCCAGAGGAAACUGGUCCAAUAAACUGGAUUUUAUUCUGUCCAUGGUUGGCUAUGCGGUGGGGCUGGGGAACGUGUGGAGGUUCCCUUAUCUUGCCUUCCAAAACGGUGGAGGCGCCUUUUUAAUCCCCUACCUGACCAUGUUGGGCAUUGCCGGAAUCCCAAUCUUUUUGCUGGAGGUUUCCCUGGGCCAGUUUGCCAGCCAGGGGCCCGUGUCAGUUUGGAAAUGCAUCCCAGCUCUGCAAGGUUGCGGGAUUGCCAUGUUGAUAAUAUCUGUCUUGAUAGCCAUAUACUAUAAUAUUAUAAUGUGCUGGACACUGUACUACCUGUUCGCUUCGUUGAAGGGCUCACUGCCAUGGGCUAACUGUAGGAAUGAGUGGAACACGGUGGAAUGUAAGGACAAAGACAUGCUGCUGUUAGACACGUGCAUCCUGCGGGACAGAAACAUCACCUCCAUCAAGAACUCCUCUUUCUGUCUGUCGGCAAACACUGUUGGAAACCUGACCAAGCUGCUAAACAUGACUGUGGACAGCAACAAGACCUACGUGAGCCCCAGUGAGGAAUACUUCAAGUACAAUGUGUUGCACAUUUCUAAAGGGAUUGAAUAUCCAGGAGACAUCCGCUGGCCUCUGGCAGGCUGUCUCUUCCUGGCCUGGAUCAUCGUCUAUGCUUCUUUAGCCAAAGGAAUCAAGUCAUCGGGGAAGGUGGUUUAUUUCACAGCCACGUUUCCCUACGUGGUGCUGGUCAUCCUUCUGAUCAGAGGAGUGACCCUCCCCGGUGCCGGAGAUGGCAUCCUUUACUUUAUCACACCAAAAUGGGAGAAACUCAAUGAUGCAAAGGUGUGGAAAGACGCAGCCACUCAGAUCUUCUUCUCUCUGUCGGCUGCUUGGGGAGGCCUCAUCACUCUGUCCUCCUACAAUAAGUUCCACAAUAAUUGCUACAGGGACACUGUUAUAGUGACUUGUACAAACAGCGCCACCAGUAUAUUUGCUGGGUUUGUCAUCUUUUCAGUCAUUGGUUUCAUGGCACAUGAACUGAAGGUGCCGAUAGAGAAGGUGGCGGAUGAAGGUCCAGGAAUAGCAUUUGUGGUGUAUCCAGAGGCUCUAACCAGACUUCCCCUGUCCCCUUUCUGGGCAAUCAUCUUCUUCCUUAUGCUCCUGACUCUUGGCCUGGAUACCAUGUUCGCCACCAUUGAGACCAUCGUAACCUCCGUGUCAGACGAGUUCCCCAAAUACUUGAGGAAGCACAAGCCGCUCUUCACCCUGGUCUGCUGCGUGUCCUUCUUCAUCCUGGGAUUUCCCAUGAUCACUGAGAGUGGGAUGUACAUGCUGCAGCUGGUGGACACAUACGCAGCCUCCUAUUCUUUGGUCAUCAUUGCAAUCUUUGAGUUGGUGGGAAUUUCCUACCUCUACGGUCUGCAGAGGUUUUGUGAGGACAUCGAAAUGAUGAUUGGUUUCCAGCCAAACCGAUUCUGGAGGGUGUGCUGGGCCUUUGUGACUCCAACCAUUCUGACGGGCAUCCUCGGACUGAGCCUGUACCAGUGGAAAGGGAUGACAUACGAGGACUACACCUACCCCACCUGGUCCAUGGUUAUGGGCUGGCUCAUGGUCAUCUGCUCUGUAAUCUGGAUUCCCAUCAUGUUCUUCAUUAAGAUGUACCUGGCCCCCGGCUCCUUAAUGGAGCGUCUGAAGUUGGUCUGCUCCCCUCAGCCCGACUGGGGACCUUUCCUGAUGAAACACCGCGGAGAACGCUACAAGAAUAUGAUCGACCCACUGGGAACCAACUCUCUGGGCCUCAAGCUGCCCCCCAAGGACUUCCAGCUUGGUUCCUACCAGUAGCAGGCGCCCUGGCAUCACCACUUCCAACCUUUGUAGGAAACAGUGGAAGUGGAGUGGAGGGUUUAGCUUCCAGGCCGGCUUCUCCCUCCUCCUCCUCAUCCUCCUCCUCCUCCUCCUCCUCAUCCUCCUCCCUCUCUUUCUCCUACUCCCCCUUUCAUCUCCUCUGCUUCCUGUCUUUCUCCCUUUAGCAUGGAUGUGGAAAAAAAAAUGAAAAACUCCCCUUCUUCUUCCUUUACUUCUUCAUCAUUUCCUCUCUUGUCUCGGGGAGGAGUGUCCGCCUAAGUGGAGUCUACUCUUCCGCUGCUGCUUCGUACUCGUACUAAUGGGCUAUCAUUGCCUCCCACACAUGACCACUGAUUACUGCAGAACCCUUCCCAGGGAUCUUUAUUCCAAGAGAAAAAUUGUGUCAUCAAAUGACACAGCUCAGACUGCACUCGCAAUAUUAGACUCACCAUAGCUGCUCCCUGUGGAGCUUUGUGUGUUUGUGUGUGUGUGUGUGUGUGUGUGUGUGUGUGUGUGUGUGCCAUAAUAUGUGUGUGUAGAGAUAAUGAAUCAUCUUGGUGCAAGCAGACACAGGAAAACAAAAAGAAAAUUGAGCGGCAGAAAAAAAAAGAAAAGAGUGGUGCAACAAUCUUGGUGGGGAUCUGUGUUUGUUUCCAUCUGUGUACAAAAUUCCAAUGGAAAUAUAAAUAAUCUCAACUGCCUUGGAAGAAAGAGAGAGAAAAAAACAAAAAAAAGAAACACAGUGUGCACCGUUAUCGCAAUUUGUUCCUAUCCAGCAGUAUACAUGUAUAUUCAUACCACCUACUGCUCAGUCACUCUUGCAUUGUCAAAAAUAGAUUACAAGAUCUGCAAUUUGAGCCUCCUACUUCCUGGUAGACUAGUGAAUGCAUCUCGAUUGCCACUUUCCGUACUUUGGCCUCAGAUGACUCUGCGGUACGAUAGAAGCUUCUUGGGUCUGUUUUUCCUCUCUGAACUGGAGGGACCAUUUGUGAUACCCUCUCUCUCUUUGUCUAUUUAUUAAGUUGUGUUCCUAGAAGUAAAGUAGCACACUCCCAGUGUAGGGAAGCACUAGAGUAGUCGAUCCUUCCUUUAGUAGGUGAUAGCGUGGCCAUUCGGUCUCAAAAACCUGACCUUAAUAGUGGAUCUCUGUGCAUAUAUUUUAGACGUGUAUUUAUCACCCUGUGUGUUGUGAACUUUUCGGAGCGAUCUGUGAAAAUCUUUGUUUGCUAUACGCGUCAUAUCAGUAGACUAACAAUAUUAAAUAUACUAUAUAUAUACAUAUAUACAUAUAGAAAUACAUAUAAAUAUAUACAUUAUACACACAUAUACACUAAUACAUAUAUAGCCUCCAGCAGAGGACAGAGCUAGCAAGAAAGGUUGAGAGUGCGUGUGGUAUUCUGUGUGUGUGUGUGCUUCUCUUGCUAGCUGUGUAAUAUUUUGUAAAAAGUGUAAACUUUAAAAAAAAAAAAAAAAAAUAGAGACUAUCUUCAAGUAGUAAGUGUGUGUGUGCGUGCGUGCGUGUUGUCGCGUUCUCACGAUGUUAGGAGCCGCUGCUAUGCGUGAGCACACGAAGAUUAGACUAGAACAUGGCCUCCUUCUAUCCUGGAAGUGUACUUUGUCUCUUGUUGUUUGUGGUAGAGCUCUGGAGACCUCUUUGCCAUUUUCAGACUUAUGCCUCUUGCUUCUCAGUGCGUCCUCAUGAAAACAGGGUCUCAGGUAAACUCGAUUCCACCGGACUGCUACUGCUACCGCUGGUAGCCGUCGGAGUAACAGCAUCCAGUGCACAGAAAAAAAAAAUAGAAAAGAAAAAAAAAACAGACAGUGGAGCCGUCGUAACGUGUUCUUAUUAGAAAUGGAAGCAGAGUGGAAGCUUGUUGCUAAAGAUCAGAAUCAAAAUGCUACUUCCUGAUGACCUCAGUGCAGCGCCACUUGGCUCUUUGUUUGCUUUAAAGAACCUUGCGAUAACUAUGAAGGACAAGUAACUCAGCCUUUUCGCCAGUCGUGUGCACCCUUUGACAUAACAGCAGAAAAUUACACAACAAUAAACAGACAAUUAGAUCCGUAAGUUGGUCAUCAGCUGUAAAUUGAAUUGUCUUGAGCCAGUUUGUUUGCUCAUCGACUCAAUCAUCAUCUAACCUUGCCUGUUCAUCGGUCCACCAGUCAGUCGUGUUACUGUAAUUCAGCACAAAUCUCCCUUUAAGUCAUGCCAUACAGACAUCAUGAGGGCCUAUGAGGGAUUGUAAGAGUAGUUUGUGGGGGCAGCCUGUAUGUGAUUGUUGCUCUAGUGGGUGGUCAGAUUGGCACAGCAAACCUCUUGAAACAUGACAGGCGGCCAACGUAUGCUUCAUGGGCUGCCAGGUAAUUACCUUCAAAGUAACACCAUGUAUCCACUCAGAGGCAAUUAGUCCCUUCCACAGCGGUUGGAUAUGCAUUUUCAUGUCGACACGACGUCCCGAUCGGCUUUACUGCGCUUUUAACACUUCAGCCUUAGAUGUUUUUUGACAGAGGCUGCAGGUGUGUCUGCAAUAACAGUUGUGAAGAGUUUUAAGGGUCUCCCCAACUAUUUCUCUAAGCCAUGUCUUUUCAUGAACUUGACGUGAAAAUAGCACAGAUUUAAGCGGUUCGAAAACAGAACAUAGCCAGUUGAUGAGCACAAACGCCCUGAUGUUUAAUAGCUUGCCUGCUCCACUGUGUUGCUUUCGUUAAAUUGUAGCGUGUUCAGCUCCGUUUGUUCAAACGUGAUAAUAAUAAUAAUAAUAAUAAUGAUGCGUGUCAGUGUAUGCUUGCGUGUGUGCGCGUCCCUGUAUUAGUUUAACUGAACUCCACUUAACUGUCAGUCACAGGUUUGCAUGGUCAGUCUAAGAGUAGAAGAUUCAGAGCUAGCUUUUUUUCCCCAGGAUGCCUCGGCUUGGUGCGCCACCUUCUCUUUUGACACCGGGACAUGAGGAUAUAUGACAACCAAUAGUGGGCUUGAGCUGAGUAAAACUUAAGCACUGAUGUGCUCCAGAAAAAUAAAUAAAUAAAUGAAUAAAAAGUUAAGUCUGAUGGCUUUGUCACGAUUUAGGACAGAGGUGGCCAAAGGAGCAACUAGGCAUUUUAAAUCACGUUGGACGGGGUUGGCAGUUUGCUGUGAGACUUGAAUGAUAAAAGCCUUUAAGCCGUGAGAUAGAUUUUAAUGAUUUAAUUUCACAGCUAAACAGCUAUAUGUUCUGUGCCCCCUGCUGCUGGGAUUCUCUGCCCGAAGAGAGAAAGAUAAAAAAAAAAAACAGCUUAGGGUUUAGUUAGAACCACAUCGCUUCAUGAAAUGUGACAAUAAAGAGCCUGCAUGUGCAGUUUGUGUUGCCGUAACUCAAUGUCCAUGUAUAGUAAUCUUUGUGCUUUUUCUCUCAAUAGUAUAAUUCAGUGCAUGUUUACUUUAGGGAACUUUUUGUUCUGCAUAAUGUUAGGAAACGGAAGGUUGCUGAGGAAGAAGAAAAAAAAAUCUAUUAAUUCACUUUGCCUGCGAGUCAACUUUGGGCAGUAUAAGUAACCAAAGAAAGAGUACUUUAACUAAGGUUGCAGCGAAAACGGAAACUGUAGAAGAAAAAAAAAAGGAAUGCGUCAUCUGCGUAUAGGAGGUCGAGAUACUGCCAUUCAUAUAACAUGUAGUGUUCUUCGAUGUUUGCCAAUACGUUACAAAACAUCUUCAGGUAACCAUUGGCCUUAUAGUUGUCCUCUAAUGGUAGAAUAUUAUAUGUAUUUCAAAAAUAACAACCACAGAAUAGCUGUCUGUCUCAUAUGGUACCAAUAUUCCUAUUGUUAUGUCUGUCGUGUCUUUUUGGCACUUUAUUACGUGACCUAUGAAUGCAUAGGUUAAAAUUUCUAAUUACUUGAGUAAUGUCAUAUAUUUCUGUGUGUUCUACGUGAGGUACUGCUGCCUAUGGAUAUAGAUAUGUGCCUCCAACAGCCCACGACAUCGUUUGAUUUGAAAACCGAGAGUAGAUAUAUAACAAAUACGUUUUAAAAAUGUGUGUGACGUGUAAAAAAAAAAAGAAAAAAGAAAAAAAAAUGGAAAAGAUAUAUCAUAUACGUGAAAUGCAUUUAUUUAUUUUCAUUGUCAUUAAUCUUUGAGGCCCUACCUCAGAUUUUGUAUUUAUGUAUAGAAAUGCAAUUGGAUUAUAGUAUCUUUGCCAAUAAUAAUAUAUCGCUAUUAUAUCAUGAAAAUGUAUAACCUAUAAAUCAAUAAAUAAAUGUUAUUGUUUUC